UGUUGCGCUGCACUGCAGAGCCGAAAGUCACGGCCAUCUGCCGGAUAGAGAGAGCCAACUGUGAAAGGAAUUCAUCAGCUCACACACACAUAUACACACACUCUCACACACAGGACGCAACGUUCCCAGAGUGAAAGGGAAAACCGUGGGGACCGGCGCAUUCGUGAGUACACAGCAAACUGAUACAUAUGGACUGACCAUUCAGAAACGGCACCAGUUAGUCCUGUGUCCCACCACCGCUUAAGGAAUAUCUAUUUUUAAUAUACAUACCUAUUUUUUUUGCUUGUAAGAACUCUUGAGAACUGUUUUUCUCCGAACCAUUCCAUUGUGGACUCCAGCAGAUGCAGAAAGUGGGAGUUUUUUUUUGGUAUUAUUAUUAUUUUUUAUACGCAUCUUUUACGCGCGCGUGUCUAGUGCACAGUGAUUUUUUUCCGAGCAGUCAUGCUCGUGUCUUGCGUGGAAAGUUUUAUUCUGGUCAUAUGUAACACAUGCUGCAUGCUGCAGUAACUUCAGUCGCGAGCAUCGCGAGCCUUCCUGCUUUCCUCCUGCAGAGAGCCUGGACUCGCUGUCCUUGCGUCAGUCGAGGCGAAGAAGAAGGAUACAGGAAAAUAGAUACAUUUUUUUAAACAGACAACAAGAGAGCAACAACUCCAGAACAGGAGAUGAGAAAAUAAAACCAUCCCCUGUGCUGCUUUCCUUCACAACCACUGACUGAAGGACAGUAAAUCAGAAGGCGCGAGUCGGUACAGAGGUGGAGGGAGUACAGGACCGGUUGGUAUCUCCAAAUUUCACCCGGGGGCUCGAGUUUCAGCCGGACCUGGGCCGUGGUAUUAAAAAGUGAAUUUGACCUGGGAUAAAUUGUCAACAGGAAAAUUGGCAGAGGAGAACUGGCAGGUGUACAAGUUAAUUUGCGUGCAUACAUAUAUUAACACCGGCGCCGCUAUACAUAGUAGUUGUUUUAAGGACUAGCAGUUUAAUACGAAGUACCCCCUCAUCUAUACAACCUUACAACUCCACGCACCGUGCACACAGACGUCCUCUUCGAAUCGAAGAAGCAAUCUGCAUCCGCGAGGGCUGCCCAGUGUCCUGCCCGGUGUUGGUUUGGCUGAGAGGGCGGGAGUCGUCGCAUGGACUGACAUGGCCACCGACCUCGCCAUGAGCGCAGAGCUGCCCAAUAGCCCACUGGCCAUCGAGUACGUCAACGACUUCGACCUACUGAAGUUCGAAGUAAAGAAGGAACCUCCAGAGGCUGACCGUUACUGCCACCGCCUCCCCCCGGGAUCCCUCUCCUCCACCCCGAUUAGCACGCCCUGCUCCUCCGUGCCUUCCUCGCCCAGUUUCUGCGCUCCCAGCCCCGGAGGCCAGUCGAGCCAAAACCUGGACAACGGCGUCAACAGCAACAACAGCGGCAGCAGCAACACCCAGAGCGUUGGCGGUAAGCCUCAGUUGGAGGACCUGUACUGGAUCCCCAGCUACCAGCACCACAUCAACCCCGAAGCUCUCAACCUGACCCCCGAGGAUGCGGUGGAGGCCCUCAUCGGCAACGCCCAUCACCACCAUCACCACCACCAGGGCUACGAGGGCUUCCGCGGGCAGCAGUAUGUAGGGGAGGAUCUAUCCGCGACCUCGGCCGGUCACCAUCACCAGGCCCACCAUCACCACCACCACCACGGACACCGCCUCGAGGACCGCUUCUCGGACGAGCAGCUGGUCAGCAUGACAGUGCGCGAGCUCAACCGGCAACUGAGGGGGUUCAGCAAAGAGGAGGUGAUCCGCCUAAAGCAGAAGAGACGCACGCUCAAGAACCGAGGUUACGCGCAGUCCUGCCGCUACAAGCGCGUGCAGCAGAGGCACAUGCUGGAGAGCGAGAAGUGCACGCUCCUGAGCCAGGUGGAACAGCUGAAGCAGGACGUCGCGCGCUUGGCCAAAGAGCGGGACCUCUACAAGGAGAAGUACGACAAGCUGGCGAGCCGAAGCUACAACGGUUGUGGGCCCGGUAACAACAACAGAGACCCCUCCAACGGAAACCACGGGAAACUGGCCUCCACGGAAUUCUUCAUGUAAGAGACUUACUCGUGACAUGACUUUUGCCCCCUUCUUAAACGUAAUUUUAAUUUUAAUUUCAUUUUAAAUAUAUUAUUUAUAUUUUUCUUUUUGGAUUUUUGUUUACAGUUAUUCCUUUAGGAAAACAAGUACAACAUAGCAUAAUGCUUCAUACUUAAAGAAACAAGCCAGGUAGGUGCGCACAUCGGCUAAGUAGCCUAUUUUAUGUGCGCAGAUAUAAUUGUUCGAUAAGUCUUAAAGAUGCUCUUUGAAUGAACUUCAAUACACCAAGACCUCUUGAUCUCGACAUGGGAUCACAAACUGUCAAAUCAAUAGACUGAUUAAUAUUUUAUGAUGCAAAAGAUCUCAGAGAAACCCUGAUUAACAUUUGGAGUCUUGUGAAUCAAACUUGGCAAAGUCGACCUACUGAACAGAAAUAAGAAAAAAACUGAAAUGUUUUUCUCAGACAAUUAAAUCCCUACUUGUUUGUUUUGAAAAGAGCCUUGAGCAUCUUGAAGCUGGUGGGACUCAAGGAAGAGAACCCGGUAUUGAUUUUAUCAUUGGGACUGAAUUGAAAUCAAAGUGAUCGAACCACGGAAAAAAGCAAUACACCUUUGCAGCUCCUGCAAGCCCCGUUGAUGUACCGGACUGUGAGGAUGGAGGGGACUCUCUGAUAUAGCCUUCCAUCCCCGUUAACGGAAAGGGAACAUUUGAAUAUUGCAAGUCUAGUUCCAUCCCUUUUAGCAACCCUGCAUGCAGGACAUGUAUGGCACGGUAACCCAAACCUCCAGUCAUCUAACACGAAAGCAUGGCCCAUGGUUCUUUCCUCCUGUCUUGGUACUUUCCUCUCCUCCUCUCUCAUCCUUCUCUUCCUAGAUUAAGGCCAAGGACGCGUCUUAACCGAUAUUUUCAAUCGAUUUUUCUAUUGUUUUAAACAAAACAAAAACAAAACAAAAAUAAAUGAUCAACUGGGCCAGAUAUUAGACUUUAUUUAUUCCCAAGUGUACAUAUGUGUAGAGAACAGUUUUUGUGUUAUUUAGUUACCUUACUUUUGAAAGCUUUUUUUGCUCGAUGAUGAUUCAGAACGUCUUAAUACAAUGUUACAGCAUGCAAAUAGUCUACGAUAUCCUCUUACUUCUACUGGACAUGUGGCCCAUAUAAUGUAAACGAGAAGCAUAACUGCACUAAGAUAAGAAACAUUUUGGGGUAACAUUUAUUGUUAUGGCGUAUUGAUAGUUAUGGUAAUUUAAUUUUACCUUUAUUUAACCAGGCAAGUCAGUUAAGAAAAUAUUCUUAUUUUCAAUGACGGCCUGGGAACAGUGGGUUAACUGCCUGUUCAGGGGCAACGACAGAUUUGUACCUUGUCAGCUCGGGGGUUUGAACUCGCAACCUUCCGGUUACUAGUCCAACGCUCUAACCACUAGGCUACGCUGCCCGUAAUAAGGUGGAUAUAGAAAUUCGAUGGGAGGUUAUUUACAUAAUAGCUACAAAUAUAAGGAUGGCAUUCGCUGCUAAAACUCUAUGCACCAACUUAACUAAACUCUUAAUUAAUGGAUUUUUUAAAAAUUGUAUAAUAAUAAUAAUAAUAUUAAUAAUAAUAGGUGAUCUCGCGGCUUGUGAAUACUAAUUAAUUAAGUCCGCAGUACGGUGUCUUAUAGCUCAAUAUAUCUUCUGUCUGAUCUGAUGUGUUGAGAGAUGGCUACAGAGGAUGCUUGUUUUUUGGCAUACAAAUUAGAAUAUUUUGAGCUGAGGGUAUGGUGCCGACUUAGACUAACUAAAAAACCUUACUGUCAUCAAGAAAUCCCUGGAUCAUGUGCUACCUGCUGCCUGGAUAUAUGAUGUGCGAUAUUGUGCAGAAGUUCUGAACCACUUUGUCAAUGCCAGUUGUUAGUGUAAGGCUGAUGGCGACCUGGUUGACACGACAAGGAUAAUUAUGAGAGGUGUUUGCAAGUCGAAUCAUAAUUAAGUGGAAUAGAGGUGUUGUUUUUUUUACCUCCCAACAUGCUGCACAGAAUAAGAUAAUUAAUUAUCUUGGAUAAUUGCAUAGAUUUUAAGUGAACCUCAUUGUGGUGCAAAUGCAAUUCGUCUUAACUUAACGAAAUAACUUAUUUUGGUACUUUGUCUGAUCUUUAAACAUUUUACAAAAAGAUGUCCUAUUUUAGUGAAAAGUUAUUAUUGAUUGAUUAUCAAUAAAUUCAUUCAUCACUCAAUCAGACAAUAAAGAGGAGGAGAUGUGUCAUUGGCCUCAGAGAUUUAUCCAGUGUUUUUGGUGCUAAAAUUAUUUAGAAUUUUUAGACGUGAAACAGGCCUAAACACCAGCAUCAUGACAAGAUGGUGAAGUAUAUUCUGCACGGUGCUGUCGAUGCCGCGUUCCCGUGAACGUCGAAACUAGGAAACUCGGAAAUAUCCGACUUUUCCAGAGUUUCCUAUUUCCGACUAGUAUGUGAACGCUAUAUCUUUAGGCUAUAUAUGAGUUCUAUAUAUUUAUUCGAUAAACGUUUAAAUGUCCCAAGUGUGAAUAAGUCAAAACAAAGACAUGUUUCAAAAUGGAAUGUUGUUAAGAAUCUUGUUUUCAAAAUGUUUAAUAAAAAAUUCUGUCCAAAAUC